AUCUGAUACUGCUCAGAGGAUUAUGACAGCUCUGCAGUCUAUUCCUGUAGAAGUUCAGACAAACAGAGAAAAUAACCAGAUAGAACUGUAAUGUUUCCAUCAAACCUUAAGGAGCUGGAGGGCAAGGACAGGUUUCUGCUGCCAUCUGGUGAUACUUUGCCGUAAUUCAGAAAUCAGAAAUGGGAAGUUGCAUCUCUCUUCAGUCUGUCAUACUGAUUGCUGUGUGCUGGAGGAGAGAAAUGUAUAGAGAAGACAAAGGAAAAUAAAGUAGGUGAUAAGGAUGCACAUCUGAGAAAUGAAAAGGCAAGCAUUUUGUAAGACUGAAAACCACUAAAAGCAGUCCUUUUAUAGCAGGAGGUUUGUGAUUCCAGAAUUGCCAUUUUAAAAACAUCUGCCAGCCCUGAAAAAAGUAGUGCUGGUGAGAUAGUCAGGACAGUGCAUACCAAUGAAAUGCUUGGCUGUCAAGAUACCAAAAUAGUGAGAUGUUACCAGGAUUCAGACUUGCCAACAUGGGGAUAUCAAGAAAGAAAUCUUUCAGUAGAAGCAAAAAAGCUGAAGGAUGGGGAAAAGAAAAUAGCUGUUCCUCUUAAAAGAAAGCAAAAUGUGUCUACAUGUUGUUCUGAGAAAACAAGAAGAUUACAUGUAAAGACCUGCACUUCUUCACAUGAAAGAAGAUACAACUGUAGCUCUGGACAAAGAGAGACUUCUGAAAAUUAUCCCUGUGAUAUUAGCACUUUGGGAUGUGAAGAAAAAAGAGAACUGCUCGCAACUAUAGAACAGGCAGUGGCUUUUGUAACUACUAUGAUAUUUCAAGAUGGUUCUUCGCAGCUCAGCUCAGAACAGGUCUCAACCUCAUCAGUAAAAGGAGUUGUUGUGCUAGUGAAGAAUCAGACCGAUCACCCUUUCCCUCCCAGCCACUCUUCAACUGGCUGUACUUGGAAAGCUGCUAAGGAAAAUGAUAAAUUAAUUUAUUUAAAAACUGAACGAUCAUCUCUCUGGGAACAAGAACAGGCUCACAUGAAAUUUUCUUGGCAAGUGUUGUUUCAAAUGCUACAGUGCAAAAUUCCAAUAAUUUGCUUCAAUGCAAAAGAUUUCCUGAGGACUCUACUUCAAGUUUAUGGUAAUGAAAUCAGCUGGAAACAAGUUGCCGAUAGUGUUGUGUUGGAUCCAAGGAUUGCAGCAUGGCUCAUAAACCCCAGCGACACAGUUCCUUCCUUUGAAUCUUUAAUACAGAAGUAUUUUGAAAAGCCUUUCUCAAAGGGAGCAGAAAAUACAGAUACAGGCACUUUGAGAAAUGCAUCUUAUCAAAACUUAGGUGUGAACUUGGAGAAGCUUUAUAAUGUAAUGAUGGACCUUGCUCGUGACUUAAAGGCUCAAGGUUUGUGGAACUUAUUUUGCACAUUGGAGCUUCCACUUAUCAAAAUUCUGGCAGUGAUGGAAACACACAAAAUAUAUGUGAACAAACAAGAACUGAAAAAAACAUCUGAGAUUCUGGGGUUGCGGCUCAAAGAGCUUGAACAGGAAGCUCAUCAAGUUGCUGGAGAACAGUUCCUGUUGACCAGCAGUUAUCAACUCCGAGAGGUACUAUUUGAUAAGUUAAAGCUGCAUACCCUGUGUGAGAAACUUCACAGAACUGAAAUACAGCAACUUGUGUCCACCUCAGAAGCUGUGCUAAAUAAAUUGCAAGAUCUUCAUCCUUUGCCUAAGAUAAUUUUAGAGUACCGUCAGGUUCAUAAGAUGAAAUCAACUUAUGUGGAUGGAUUACGCACGUGCAUGAGAAAGGGAUUUAUUUCCUCUACGUGGAAUCAGACAGGAACUGUGACUGGCAGACUUUCAGCCAAACAUCCUAACAUUCAAGGUAUCUCUAAGCAUCCAGUUAGAAUUACAAAGAAACAGUACAUAAAAGGAAAAGAAGAGGACAUAGUAACUAUUUCCCCAAGAACAUUGUUUGUUUCAAAAAAAGGAUGUACAUUUUUAGCAGCAGAUUUUUCUCAUAUUGAGUUAAGGAUCCUUGCUGACUUGUCAUCUGAACCAGAACUUUUGAAACUGUUCCAAGAACCUGAAAUCACUGAUAUAUUUUCCACAUUGGCUUCUCAGUGGAAAGGUAUUCCAAGUGAAGAAGUGAAACAUGCUGAUAGAGAGCAAGCAAAGCGUAUAGUUUACUCCGUGGUUUAUGGAGCAGGUAAAGAACGUCUUGCUGACUGCUUGGGAAUUACUCCUCUUCAAGCCAGUCAAUUUAUAGAGAGUUUUAUGCAAAAAUACAAGAAAGUGCAUGAAUUUACAAAGAAAACCAUUGAGCAAUGCCGAAAUAAAGGUUAUGUGGUUUCCAUAAUGGGACGUAAAAGACCCCUGGCCAAUAUCAAUGCACAGGAUUACAAACUGCGCACUCAGGCAGAGAGGCAGGCUGUCAAUUUUGUUGUUCAAGGCUCUGCAGCUGAUCUUUGUAAAAUGGCUAUGGUGAAGAUUUUUACCUCUGUUGUCGUUUCUUCCACUUUAACAGCCAGGUUAAUUGCCCAGAUCCAUGAUGAAUUGUUGUUUGAAGUAGAAGAUUCUCAAAUCCAGGAAUUUUCAGGUUCCCUUGAAAGUGAUUCUCACCACUGGGAAAUCAUGGGGGUGUAUGACAGAAUUGCAGGAGAUGUAAAGCAGCCAUCGGGGAUGUUAUUCAGUACCCGAACACCUCAUUGGCCUGUGCUGAUUCCUCACUGAAUCACUAGGCAACAGCGCUGCUGGAUCUUUCAUAAGCACCUAAUACUCUGCAUGUGAAUUUUUUUACUUCAUUUUGUCUGUAGCCCUAGGCAACAGCAGUGAGAUAAAACUGGUUUUUACCAGUUCAUUGUGUUUCCUUUAGCCAAGGUAACCAGCGGGGAGCUGCUUUUGUUCAGAGCUAAAUUACUACAUGUAAGAAAUGAAACAAGACAGUAUUAACCCUUUGGGAACAUCACAAAUAUAUUUGAGUUAGAGGGAUGUUUAGACUUCAAUGUUAAAUAUUUUGUGAGGUGCUUGUGUAAAAAUACUUCUACACUGGCACUAUUUGAACUGUAUCAGCAAAUGCUUAACUGUUGUAUUCAGCUUAUUUUGUAUUUUGUGAGUAGAAUGCAGAUGCUUGGUGUUCAUCAACAUAUUAAAUGUCCUGUUCCCCAGAGUUAGAAAAAGAGUUCUUUGGAAAUGAACUUGAUUUUUAUCUAGAAUUUUGGAGCAAAAGAAGUAAACAAAACUAGAAGCCUAAAUGCAAUAAAAAUAACCAGAUUGUUGUCAACUGAGUUAAUUUCAAACUCAAUUUGCACACUAUAAUCUUACUUAUGUAAUACUAAAUAUUGUCUAGAAAAAUUCUGGGAUUUAGCCUUGUGCAUCUAAGGUUUCGGGCUUUUACUCUAAUGUUUGGAUUUUUUAUUGAUAAUUUGGUUUUCUGUAGAGUUUAUUCUUUAAAUGAGCUUGCUUCAUAACAUUACUGUUUUACAAAUUCUGUCUCCAUGCUUGUGGAAUAUGAAGCUGUCCUCAAAGUCUGCUGCUAAUUAUUCAGAAGUUGAAGUCAAGCACAAAACUUUUAAGAGGUGUUCAGUAUGUUUCAGCAUUAGACAUCAAAGUUACACAAUUUAAAUUUUAGAAAUGUAUGGUUACAAAGACUUCGCAGCAUUUUUAAUUUUUACAAUUAAAUAAUUUUGCAUUGUACU